AUGGGUGAGCUCGAAGCAAUCUAUGAGGCGAAAGAGAAGCUGAGUGCCGAGCUGAGUGAGGCACAGAGUAUUGUCAAGGAGACGCUGGUCAGGGCGGAAGAUGCCCUUCACUGCGACCAUGUCGCGGACUGUCGUCGUUACUAUGUUCGAGUGCGGAAUAACGAUCGAGCGAUGCGACAGGCGAAUCAGUUACGCAUGGCCAAUCAGGAUCGCCUGGUCGCCAUCCUACGCCGUCUGAAUAAGCUCGUUGAGCUGGCGGCCAAGCUACGAGUCGGGGAAGCAUCGCGCCAGGUGAUCACACUAUGCCGACAGGCGCUCAACGACGAGAACGAGACGAUCAUGUCGAAGCUGUUCGAGUUUGGGGCU